GAGGCCCCCUUCAGAACCCAGACGGAGGGAGAUUUGGCUCGCAGGUCGGAGUCACUGGCAGCAGGAACUUUGGAGCAUCAAUGGUAAUCAUGAACCCCCUCCUUCUACUGUGUGCGUCACUGCCCCUCAUCACGGCAACAUUAUCUUUCGAGAAGCCUGCCGACCUGGAUGGCUCGCUGAGCAUUAGCAUCCCCAUGGAGAUGCCCCUGCACCCACUCUUGGGUAGCAAGGUUGUGGUGCCAUGCUACUUCCAGGACAACGCCGUCAAUGAUCCUGGAGCCCCAACAAUCACCCCGCUUUCCCACAGAAUUAAGUGGACCUAUGUCACAAAAGAGAAGGUCACACUGAUCCUGGUGGCAUCAGAGGGCAAAGUUCACGUGGAGACAGAAUAUCUUGACAGGGUCACCAUGGUCAACUACCCCCUUGUGCCCACCGAUGCCACCAUUGAGAUGACAGAAUUGAGGUCCAAAGAUUCAGGAACAUACCGCUGUGAGGUGAUGCAUGGUAUAGAGGAGAACCACGACACGGUGGAGAUCCAGGUUCAAGGUAUUGUGUUCCACUACCGAGCCAUCACUACCCGCUACACCAUGACUUUUGAGAAGGCCAAGGCAGCUUGCAUCCAGAACAGUGCCGUCAUCGCAACCCCAGCCCAGCUGCAGGCUGCCUAUGAUGAUGGGUACCACCAGUGUGAUGCCGGAUGGUUGUCAGAUAAGACCGUUAGGUAUCCGAUCCAUGAGCCGCGUGAGGGGUGCUAUGGGGACAAAGAGAACUUCCCCGGCGUGAGGACCUAUGGAGUAAGAGACAUCAAUGAGACCUAUGAUGUCUACUGUUUUGCUGAGAAAAUAUCAGGUAGAGUCUUCUACUCCAUGUCUGUGGAGAAGUUCACCUUCUAUGAAGCAGACGACCAGUGUGCCAAGCUGGGCGCCCGACUUGCAACCACUGGCGAGCUUUACCUCGCAUGGAAGGGUGGCAUGGAUGUUUGUAAUGCUGGGUGGCUGGCAGACAGAAGCGUGCGCUACCCCAUUAACAUCGCCAGGCCUCAAUGUGGAGGGGGGCUUCUGGGUGUAAGGACCGUCUACCUGCAUCCUAACCAGACAGGCUACCCUUACCCAGACUCUCGCUAUGACGCCAUCUGCUACCAAGCUGGAGAGGACGAAGGCCUGGGGCCUGUGCAUACCACCCCUUUCCCUGACAUCAUCCCCAUUACCCUGGGGCCGAUGGACCACCGCACCACACCAUCUGAGGGUGAGGAGGCCCAUGGAGAGGUGGUCACUCUUUCACCAUUGCCAAUUCCAUCUGUGAUUGGUGAGACGGUUACCGAGGCAACUGCAAGGCCUGGUCUGGGGCUGGACUCUGAUACUGCUAUGUCUUCAACAGGCGUUGUGUUCCACUACCGCGGUUUAACUGGCCGAUAUACCCUGACCUUCGCGGAGGCCCAGCUGGCCUGCCAGAGCAUUGGAGCGGUUAUAGCCAGCCCCCAGCAGCUCCAGGCAGCCUUUGAGAAAGGCCUACACCACUGUGAUGCAGGCUGGCUUCGUGACCAGACCGUAAGGUACCCCAUAGUGUCACCUAGGGAUAAUUGCGCAGGUAACCUGGAACACCUCCCAGGAGUGCGGUCAUAUGGUCUCAGGCUAGCCAGCGAACAGUAUGAUGUCUUCUGCUAUGUGGACCGCCUCCAAGGUGAGGUCUUCUACACCAGCGACUAUGACAGCUUCUCCUACGAGGAGGCCGUGCAGCACUGUCAGAAGCUCAACACCACCCUGGCCACCACUGGGCAGCUGUAUGCCGCUUGGAAUCAAGGCCUGGACAAGUGUCGCCCUGGCUGGCUGAUGGACCGCAGUGUCCGGUACCCCAUUACCAACCCGAGGGCUCAUUGCGGAGGAGGGCAGGCUGGAGUCCACAUCAUCUAUGCCUACCCGAACCAGACAGGCUUCCCCGACGAGCACUCGCGCUACGACGCCUACUGUUUCAGAGCUGAAGUUCCUGUCGUUCACACUGAAAAUGAAACCAGUGUGAAUAUAACUAUGGUGAUUGAAGAAUUAAUCAAUGAGACAACCAUCGUAACUGACCGACUUGCUCCAGUUGGAACUCCUGUAAUUCACAGUGAAAAUGAAACCAGUGUGAAUAUGACUGUAGUGGUCGAGGAAUUCAUCAAUGAAACAACUGUCAUAACUGACCAAGUUGCUCCAACUGUCCUUGUAGAUGUCUCUGGCUCAGGCUCAGGCUCAGCUGAACACUCUGCCAUUGGUAGUGGCAGCGGCGUCAUCGACAUCCACAGUGAGGAUGGAUCAGUGGUAUCUGGUGUCUCCAGUGCCAGUGGCGAAGGCUCUGGGCCUGGCUUGCAUAUUAUCUUCCACAGCAGUGGAGACUCCCUCUCAGGGGAAGGAUCCACAUCUGGAGGUCCCCAGGAGGCAGGAGAGGGAAGUACCAUCACCUUCCUCCAUGGAGAACAAGGAUCUGGGGCUAGUGCAUCUGGAUCAGGGUCUGGGGAGGAGUUAGAUGGAGGUCAGCCCAUGUUCAGUGGCUUCUUAUCAGGGUCAGGGUCUGGCUCUGCAAGUGGUACCAGUGGGGACAUUAGUGGUGCCAGUGGGGACUCUUUUAUCAUCAUGGUGGAUGGAGAGAUGGUGGACCUGUCGAAAACCUUCCAAAAACCCACAGAGCAGGAGCUUGGUCGAGGGAUUGUUGAUAUCAGUGGGUCUGGGGCUGUCUCUGGGUCAGGUUUUAUAUCCGGAUCAGGGUUUAUGUCUGGAUCAGGGUUUAUGUCUGGAUCAGGAGCUGUAUCUGGGUCAGGGACCAGUGGUUUCUUCAGUGCGGACCUUAGUGGCACCACUUCUGGGUCAGGAUUUCCUGGCGUGACCUUUGUCGACCAUACUUUUGUUGACCUAACAGACCAGCCAUCUGGUGAGCAGGAAGUAUCUGGCUAUCGUCCAUCUGGUUCAGGGUUCGCCAGCGGCUUUCCAAGCGGUUUUCCAUCUGGUUUCUCAGGCAGCGCCUCUGCUUCUGGAACCCCAUCUGGGGAUGAGUCCCAACCUCGGGGUGACGUCAUCUACCUCACUGAUGAUGAAGUGAUGGAGGUCACGGUGCAUCCCUCCACUCAUGAGCCUCAGCAAGGACGGGGAGUGGUGGAGGUGAGUGGGGAGGGAAGCGGGUCUGGGACCCAUGGUGAAACAGGCAGCACUUUGGACCAGCACCAGCAUUCCUCAGGCAGUGGGGUCUUUCAAGUAGAAGAGACCACUGAGAGGCUAUCUGUAGUCUUCCAACCUGGGUCAACACUCAAGACAGGGUCCAUUGCCCACCUUCACCAGCCAGGUUUAGAGGAGAUGGCGGUGGAGCUGGAACAGGAAGGACGAGCGGGAUCUACCGAGGAGAUGUAUGUGACCACAGCUUUGUACACCAGCCCAACCACAGCGCCAUCUGUCUCACUAGCAACACCUGCUGUUGUGGAGCUACCAGUGGUAGCAGAGAUCUCUGCAGACCCUUGUGAUCCGAACCCAUGUGGAGCAGGAACCUGCUCUGCACAAAAUGAACUUGCAGUGUGUCAGUGUCCAGAAGGCUUCACAGGGGAGGACUGCACCACACCGAUGCAGGGCUGUCCGGAGGGCUGGUUGGAGUUCAUGGGUAGCUGUUACCUCCACUUUGCGGAGAGGGACACCUGGUCAGAUGCUGAGCGCCGCUGUCAGGAGCUCAACGCCCACCUAGUCAGCAUCACCUCCCAGGAGGAACAGCAGUUCGUCAACUCCAAUGGCCAGGACUACCAGUGGAUUGGACUCAAUGACAGAGAUGUUCAGAAUGAGUUCCGAUGGACAGAUGGGAGUCCCCUUGCCUUUGAGAACUGGAGGCCAAACCAGCCAGAUAACUACUUCAACUCCGGGGAGGAUUGCGUGGUCAUGAUCUGGCAUGAAGGUGGACAGUGGAAUGAUGUUCCCUGCAAUUACCAUCUUCCCUUCACCUGCAAAAGCGGACCUGUCAUGUGCCCAGCGCCCCCGGAGGUACAACACGCCAGGCCAAUGGGCAGAAGCAGAGAGCGCUACCCUGUCAACUCCAUAGUCCGCUACCAGUGUGACACGGGCUACACACAGCGCCACCUGCCUGUCAUACGCUGUAUGUCCGAUGGACAGUGGGAAGAGCCACAAGUGCAGUGUACCUCACCUGGCAGCGGCAGCAACAGGUUACACAGACGGUCCACCAGGAGCCGGAAUAAAGAGGUCACCAGCCAACAGUCACAGAGGAAGCUGCUCUGAGCAGGGCUGAAAGGACACACAACCCAGAACCACAAAGGACCCCUCUUUGUAAAGCAACGUGGACACCAAUACCAAUGCCCGACCAAAAAGUUAACAUUCCCCUCGUGUAUAUAGAAGCACCACAGCACAUUUAGACAGUGGUAGUGAUACUGACAUACUUUCUUUUGGAUCUUUUAAGUGUCACCCUUGAGGGCAGCUUGUAAGAUUUGUUUUUUAUUUAUAGCUUUUUUUAUUUAUAAUCAUGUUCCUUUAUUGGGACUCACCAUCUCAAUGCCCAAAUUGUAAUUUUCCAAAACAACCAUUUACCGGCACUGAAGGAGACCAUAUAAAUAGGGAUGGAAAAGACACGAAGAUGGAUAUUUUAAUGAAUGUAAAAGCUGUGGGGGAGCCAAUACUGAAGGCCUUAGAGUGACACUAAAAGUCCAAAACAUUUUUUUUUUUAAACGUAGCAACUGGACACUCUGAAGUCAUGCACAUCGUUACACAGAUUUUUGUGAUCAUUUUAGGCUUUUCUAGUUCUGUGUGUUUGUUUAGUGUUUUUCCCCCUCCCUAGUUUUAGACUCUAGUGACCAUAUCUGUGUUUGCUAGGUAGAAACGGUGUCUUCGUCUGGUUUCUAACUGACACAACUUACUGAAUCUUUAAUCAUCUGCUUAGAUACCAACACAGUGUUGAACAUGCUGACUUGAUUCCGCUGUUAACAGCAAAAGACAAAAAAACUAUGUAUGUAUAUAUAUAUAUAUAUAUAUAUAUAUAUAUAUAUAUACAAUUUAAAGACAUGGUUAAAUAUCAAUGACAGCAGACCUAAGCUGAAGUAGUCGGCACUCAUGCACUUUUGGGAGUCUUCAGUCACUUCGUUUGUGCUUAGCAUAAUAACUCGAAGCGCACCUUAAGCAUUAAAAGGAACUCUGCUUCAGCUUGGGUCUGCUGCUGCCAUGCGGAGAGGCGACCAAGUCUGUCAGUGUCAUUUCAAUUGACUUGCUCUACUACCAAGGCUAGCCUCUGGGAUGGUGGAUAACUCCACCCGACUUGGCUCAUCAAACCAUGCAAAACCUGCACGGCGAGUUCUGCAGUUUGGUGUCUUUGAUUGUGUCCUUGUGUUUGUGACUUUACAAAAGUUAAUUCCAUGAGCUCCGUUGGUGCAAUCUGAUGUGAGAAUCAUGCUAAUGUAGAAUUCACUGUAUGCUGUGUGACGACUCUCACUGUAAAUAUUCUCACUAUGACAUUCAUAACAGCAGGAUCUGUGAUUAACUCUGAUGGAGCAGAAAACAACAAUGACAUUUUGACUGAUCGAUUGAUUGAAUCAUUGACUGAUUGAAUCGUUGAUUGAUUGAUUUAUCGACACAUUUGUUCGCCGAUUGCUCGGCACAUUCAUAAUAACUACGGCCGAUCUGAGAAUAUGCGACUUGAGAGUACACAGAAAAUUAUGAUUUAAACUUAGAAGAACAAAAAAAAAAAACAUCUUCAGACAUCUUCAUGAGUGUUUCUGUCUGGGAAGUAAGGUUUACGCCACAGAGUCCUACCAACAGAAAUAUAACUGCAAUGAACAGCUUUGCCUGGAAAUGAACAAAGAAAUAAAUAAAUCAGGCAAACCGUCAUUUAGGGGGGGAGAAAAAACUGUGAAAACAGUGACGGUGAAGAGAUAGGAGAUGGAGGAGAAGCUUAUCACAUAUCGACCAAAGCCUUUCUGGGUCAAGAGAUGUGUCCAAAUCUGACAUCUUACAGAGCGACUCACAAACACAAACACACACACACACACACAC